AUGGCCAAGGCCAAAACCCGCCAGGCCAAGGUUAGGAAGCUGAUGGAUGACACCCUGACCGGGGAGCUGCUCGAGGAGGCUCUCAAGCAAAGCGGGCAAGAGUCCGAAAAGCUGGACAAAGGCCCAAGCGACUCGGUGCCAGAAACCCAGAAGGAUGAUCCGGAUGGCGAUACCCCGGAUCGGAAAGCGGCUGAGGAUCCGGAUCAGAAAGCGACCGAGGAUGCACGAGAACAUACUGCGCAGACGUGGCCAGAGUCUUGGUCUGGUGCCACGGCUUGGGGGUCGUGGGGCAACUUUGGUUGGAACGACUGGUCAUGGGGUGCCGGAUGGUAUGAUAGGGAUUGGAAUUGCAGCCAGCAAGCACUCUCUGAGGAACACCUCCAUUGGAGGAAUCGAAGCGAGAGCCUCCAGUCCGGCUCUUUUGGAAGUCAGGCCACUUAUGACAGGAAGUGGUCUCAGGGUUCUCUGGCCACGCCCCCUUACAAAAGAUCGGCUAGCGUGGACUCUGAGCUAGCAGCUGCUUUCCAAAGGCUUGACACAGUGGACAGGCUUCUUGACAACGAGUUGCCACAGGUCGCGAAAACCUUGGACAAGAGUUUUGACGAAGCUGUGACCCCAGACAAGAAAGCAAUCUCGGCCCCGACUUCCACCACCGCCACAGCCCCAACCCCUGACAUAGGACCUGAUAACAAGAAGACCCCCCAGACACAGACCACAGAAGACAAGACGACUGAAGCAACCGAAGCUGCAGCCACCAUGGACGGAGGGAAGAGUGAGAAGACAGACAAGAAAGAUGAUGAAGGGUCAAAGGCUGCAAAAAAAGCUGCUGAUCAAGUCGAGAAGAAGAAGGCAGCACACGCCAGAUACAUGCGGUAUUGGAGAUCUGUGCAUGGUGGGGCCCCCAAAUGCAAGAAGACGCCAACAGAAAUCCGAAAGAUGGGUGCCGGAGCCAAGGGGGGCUACUUGGUUUGCAUGGCAGUUUCCACAAACCUCCCAGCUAAGUUCGGAGUCGAAAAUGCCGAUGCAAUCGUUCUCAGGAAACUGAAUGACGAUCGGCUUCGUGACACGGAGGUCAAGAAGCAUCCAGACUUGCCAGACGCUAUGGACAUGAUGCAGUUCCUCAUUUUCGAUUCGGAGGUCGAAAUCGACCAAGAGGAGGAAGUGAUGGAGAUGCUUUAUAAGCUUGCUGAGGGGGACGACUCCGGCAACUCAAUGUCGUCCGACAGCACUAGCGAGAAAAAACAGAAGAAAGAUAAGAAAGAUAAGAAACAGAAGAAGGUAGGAGUGGGCAGAAAGGACAAGAAGCAAGGCAAGAAGACCAAGAAGGACAAAGACCAAGAUCAAAGCCAGAAGGAGCUGAAGCAAGCCAUCGCCAAGGCUGGAAAGAAGAUCCAGGAGAAGGUUGAGCUGGAUAAGCAGAGUGCCCAAAUGCUCUGGGAGGCAGAGCAGAACCUGAAGCAAGCGCGGUCCGAUAUGCAGAACGCUUUGGACACCAAGGAAUCCUUGGAUGCUGUGCUUCGCUUGGCCACCCUGCUGAACACGGCAAUCACGGGGUUCGAACAAGCCGCUACUGUCAUCAAAGGCCAGGCAAAGCCAAAGGCUAAGGCCAAGGCCGAGAAGUCCAAGUGA